CACUUCCGCUUUCGCCAGAUCUCUUCUCUUCAACCAGCGCUGAGAGAACGUACUGACCAAGACGCCUGGUAAAUUUAAGCAUGGAGGCAGACCACACAACUGCCGAUGACCCACCUGAAGGCAGUAAAGAAGUUGAUAAAGAGGACCCGGGAAACUGGCGCACAAGACUGCGUUUGAAGCAGGUUGCCGUCCAGCUUCCGUUGAUGCAGAAUGUGGACGGGGAGUACAGUCCAGAAGAGGCAGAGGAAAGUCAUGAGAAAAACAAGGCACAGACUGCCCGCAAGUCCUUCAAGAGGCCACCGCUGAGGGGCCAAGAGACUCCACCAGGGGCGAGCAUUUCCGGAAAAAUCCUCAGGUUCAGCUGUUCUGAAUGCAUGGGCCAGGCGAUGUUCAGUCCCAAUGACCUGCUGAAGCAUUUUCAGGGAGUUCACCAAGGAAGCCUACCAACCUUUCCAUGUGACAUGUGCAGUUUCGUCACCCAUGAUUUCUCCAGCCUUCAGCGACACCGUAUAGGACACCGAGACACUUUUGUACGGUGUGAGAUCUGCAAUGACAGCGUGCAAUACACCCUCCUGCAGCUCACCAGACACUUCAACAUAUUCCACAGCCUUAACGGCUACUACCGCUGUGAGAAGUGCAAGUUCUCCACUAAAGACGUGGGAACUUUUGUACAGCACACUCAUAGACACAACGACCCCCAGUACAAAUGCAGUAAGUGCCAGCAUGUGAGUCACAGCAACGGCGAGUAUCAGAAACAUGUCUUGACUCAUGCAGGGACGUACCCCUUCACCUGUCAGCUCUGUGACUAUGGGGCACCCCGGAAGGAUUACAUUACAAAACACAUGGCUACUGUCCAUGGGGAUGAGAUGGAGAGAAGAACCAGGAGGAGCGCCGGGGAGGACGGCCCCAAAACACUAGUGAACUCAUCGCCAGGAUUAAAGCUUCUACUAACCAAGAAUCCAGCUAGGCAGACCCAUUGGAUGUCCAAAGGCCUGCAUGCUUUGUCUGGAGGGGGUUUGCUUGAUGAAUUUGGAAGGCUGACUAAUCCAGAAAAGACUUUGGAGGAGACGCAGCAGUUUUUGGAGAGGACUGUUGCAGCUCAGAGAGACUGUAAGAAAUGGGCUAAGGCUCUUAAAACUGAUCAGCAGUAUGCUUCCCAGACCAUUCCUACAUUGUCACAGCCUAAGCAGGAAGCUGCUGUAACUCCCAACACCAGCUUCCUAAACCCCAAUAGCAAUGGUCUCACUGUGCUCAUGGUCAAAAACAAAAUCACCAUCCCUCCUAACUGCACUACAAAAGUCAUGGGCUUCAAGAUGGUGGAUGGCAAGAAACAUUUAGUACUCAAAGUUAUACCAUCUGGGAAGCAAGAGUCCUCUCCUAAAACACCAGAGUCUGCAGCAGCAUCGUCGACGUCAUCAGUUGCUGAGAAGGAUGCAGACAGUCAGACAGCGGAAACAUGCACAGAAGACACUCACAGUCCGGUUCAUUCUGAAGAAGGAACUGCCCCCCUCAGCAGCCAGCCAGACUUGUCAAAUGCUGAGGCUUCUCCCAACAGUACAUCUCUCUGCAGCCCCUUGUCUCAGCAGGAGACCUCUACAAAGGAAAAUGAUGAUGCCACUUCACCAGAAACUUCAGAAGAAACAGGAGUGCAGAAAAAUGGGGAUGAAAAUGGCCAGCAUGAGUCACCCUCACAGGCAGGAGAGGCAGAGGAACAACAGCUUCCAGAAGAAGAAAACAGCAACAAAGGCCCUGCGACUUCGCCCACCACAGACAGCGUUUGCCCCAUCAUGGACGAGAUGGAACACAGCUCACCACUGAAAGGUGAAGAUACCAGUCAACCUAAUGGCAACACGUCAUCUCCUGAAUCUGUUCCUGACCAACCUGGCUCAGAGAUGGAGACGCCGCUUGAAUCUGCAGACCCAAAAGAAAUGGAUGUGUCACUCACCUGCCCAGAGAAUAUUGAUGAUGAUAAUAUGUCAAGUAAAUCUGCACUGAAUUCUCCAAACCAAGAGGUCUUCACUUUCCACAACUACUCAAAGGACACCUCUAGUCUUUCCUCUGAUACAUCCUUGCCUGGUGACGAUGAGCUGGUGAUGGAGGACCCUGAGAAUGACAGCAGUCAGAUUUCGAGAGCAUCAUCUGAUGGAACCUUGAAGCUAGCAGACUUGCCUGAACAGGAGCUGCAGGAUUGUCAAGAAGAUGAGGUAGGGUUUACACACUCACCCAAUCAAGACAUUCAAGACACCCAGUCGCCUAUGGGCUCAGAUCUUCCGUCGAUGGAAAAAGUACCAGACAGUGAAAUUGAAGUUGAUGAGUGCAUAGCCACUGUUGAAGAAGAGGAGGCCCCCCAGCAGGUUAGUGGGAUGUGUCAAACUCCAGAAUCUCCUCAAAAGUCAAAAACUGCACUGGAAACAGCCUCUCCAAGCUCAGAACAACAAAUGGAGCCCCUUGGUUGUGAUGACAGUGUUGAGACAGGAACAAACACCAAGGAUACUAGUGCAUCUGAACCCCAAGACCAUGCUGCGAAAAGCACAGAGAAAAUCGACUCAUCUGGGGGAGAGAAAAGUACAGCAAGUUCGAGUAAUGCUGCCAUGUUGGGGAAGAUACUAGAACAGCAUUCUGAUGCCAUUAUCAGUCAGCAGCUGGAGAAGGAGCGAAUUGGAACCACGCUGAACCAUGAAGUGAUUCGGACCCCCACAACCACACUGAGGAUUCUACAGCCCCUUAAUCUGACAGAGGGUAAGCAACAAGUUUUUCUACAGACUGCUGAGAAUGGGUAUGCAGUACCUGUUCAGCUCAGGGGCAGCCCAGGAUUUAAACUGAUCACUGGGUCUGUUCCCCCAAUAAAUGUUUCUUAUCUGAAGCCUGGAGGUGAAAGACCGACUAACAGAACAGCGGCACUGGCUUUCACACUGAGUAAUGGCAGGAUAGGCACAGCUGCACAGGUUUUGGGUGACAAAGAAGCAGGUGGUGGGUUGGCAAAAGGUGGUGGGCAAAACAGCACAACACUUACUACUGGCACCCAGCAGGGGGCUGGCACCAGCACGGGCAGUUUUCUGGUCAACAGCUCACCUUUGAAGGGACCUUUGUUCUUGUCCAGCUCAAUUCAGUCUGUCUCCAGAGAACGGACUGCAAACGCGCCGACAUGCUUUUUAGUUCAAAGACCGCUGGCUGUGGCUUCAGCUACCGCAACGCCUGGUGGGGGGGCCGCUACAGGCAGCAGUGUGCAGACGCCGCAGUCCAGACCAAUGUUGGCUGUGCCGGUGAAUUCUCCAGACCAACCCACUGUUUUACAAGCUGGUCGACAAGCCUUCCUGCUUAGAUAUUUGUCUCCAGUUAAGUCUGGGAUACUGCUGAACAGUCCUUCUGAAGGAAAAGCCACAAAUCAGACUGGCCAAACCAACGAAAGUGGCGGCAGUAGGGUUUUUCUUAAGAUUGUUAGAAAUGCUUCAGAUGCUAGCUUUCCUUCCUGCAGUGGCACGCUUAGCAGUGGGGUGACAACGCACACCACGCACGCCAACCAGCCCAUCUACCUAGCCACAGGUGCUCUGCAGUCACCUUAUCUGCUGAUGUCAUCCAACCAAUCCAUUCUGAAUGUCUCCACAGGAACAAAAACCUCAGGGUCAUCAUCACAGGAUUCCAUCCAAGCUGCAGCUUCCCCGCUACUGAGUCUCUCCUCCCCAACACCUGUGCAAGGUAAAGAUCAAAGAAAAGAGAGGGAAGAAGGGUUGGUCUGCAAGCUAAAGAAAGCACGCCUCCCACACCCAAGGAUGAAUCACCAGACGCCCAAAAGGAAGAGGCAGACGAAGCCGUCCGUGGAAGAUGUCGUGGAGCCUGCAUCCAAAGCAAGGAGGCUCUCGAGCAAAAAAUCUAAAGAGAAGGAGGGCCCGACUGUUGUUCAUUGGGAACCAGUGCCAAGGGAUGUAGAGAGAACACUUAGGCUACUGCCAUUCAGUCCUGGUCAGCUUAUUAAGUGCCCAAGGAGAAACCAGCCUGUUGUGGUGCUCAACCACCCUGACGCAGAUAUACCAGAGGUUGCUAGCCUCAUGAGAACGGUGAACAAGUUUAGAGGCGAGGUUAUGAAAGUGGCGCUGUCCCAAAGAACUGUAGAUGCCCUAUCAGAGCUGGAUUGUGACACAUUUAAGCAGAACUGCUCAGCAAACUGCCACGCCUCUCAUGGUCGACGUGUGCGACCACAGGGCACGGUCAGGGAGAGGUUCAUCUUGAAACUAAGGUUGAAAAAGACCAGCAGGAAUAAGUACAAAGUUGUGAACACUAUCUCCGAAGGCACUGAGCAGCCAUUGACAUUCAACUGCUGGUUUUGUGGUCGAGUCUUUGGCAACCAGGAGGAGUGGAUAGGUCACGGCCAGCGGCAUCUGAUGGAGGCUACAAGAGACUGGAACAAGCUGUUUUAAAGCUCCAAGGGCAUUGUGGGUAGUUAAAGAGCAUGUAUGCGUGCUCUCUGUCUGCUCACUCAGGUCUCCACACUUUAGUCCACUGACUCUUAUCUCCCUCACACCACAAGGUUAGCUGUGUUUCACAUUGCAGACAAUGAUACCCUUGAAAUGACCCAGUCUUUGUCCCUUUCAGACUGAAAGCUGUGUUGUUUAGAGAUCUGUGCUUAU